GCACUCUAUCAAAUAAAAGAUAACAAUUCAAAUAAUGUUUCAUAACAAUAAUAUUUCAUUAACAUAAUCUAUAAAAUGUAAACAGUAAUCACACGAGACGACAGUUAUGUCAACAUCGUAAAUAUCUCACCUGUAGAUCUAUACCGGAAUUUGCCACCAUCUGGUUGACAUUUGCGAUGAAUGAAGAACGGAUAUAUGAUCUGUGUAUUGUUGGAGCAGGUUUGAUUGGGACAGCAGCUGCAAGUCAUGCGUCCAAAUGGGGAAGCGUUUGUUUGGUUGGACCGGAAGAACCAAAGAGUAGAAAUGUGAAUAAUAACAGAGAUAUAUUUGGUUGCCAUUAUGACGAGGGAAGAAUAACACGAUGCACAGACCCAGAUCCAGUGUGGGCAAUGCUAGCACAGAAAUCAAUAGCUAGGUACAGACAACUAGAAAGUGACACCGGAAUUCCCUUCUAUGAUGAAAUUGGAUGUUUAAUGAUAGGAGAGAAGGAUUCUAAAUUUCUUAACCAAGUAACAGAUGUAGUGAAGACACAAAAAAUGGAUGCCACGUACUUAACAAAUGCAGCAUUGAAAGAAAAAUUUCCCUUUCUACAUGUUUCUCUAUCAGACGAUGCGGUUUAUGAAUUCAAAGACGCUGGGAAUAUUAGUCCUCGAAGUUUGAUUCGUGCCCAGAUCACCAAAGCAACAGCCCAAGGUUGUACUCUUGUAACAGAGGUAGUUAAUCGCGUAAGGCGCAUUGAAAGAAACGGUGAAUACAUUAUGUGUAUUUCAACGGACGCUUCACAUAUUUUGGCGAAGAAAGUUCUAUUAGCAACCGGUGCAUUCACCGCUUUUAGAGAACUUCUUCCAGAUGAACUACAACUAUAUGUUAACCUCUGUCCUUUGACAGUUGCAAAGGUUGAACUGUCAGAAUCUGAUUUGGGAAGAAUAAGGAAAAUGCCAAGCGUCUUAUAUUCUGGAAAAGGAACGAAAGAUUGGACCAAAACAUUCCCACGUUCUGAGGGUGACCAUAUUAGUUGGUACAUGCUACCCCCAGUGAAAUAUCCAGAUGGUAAAUAUUAUAUCAAGUUGGGACACUUUCACGACACCAGCUAUAAAAAUUUUACCACCACCAAGGAAGUAAAAGAAUGGUUCUGCCAAGGAGGAGAUAUCAGAUUAGUUGAUGCUACAGCAGAACUGAUCAGCAAUGUUUUAAAGGGCGUUAAACUAGACAGAUACCACGGUGAUUGGUGUGUUAUCACUGAGACCCAAACAGGAAGACCAUACAUUGAUACGAUCCAUUCUCAGCUUGGUGUAUCUAUUGGAGGAAAUGGCUACGCAGCAAAAUCGAGUGAUGAAAUUGGAAGAAUUGCAGCAACUAUGAUGAUGAAAAACAUAUGGGAUUCUACUAUUCCCAAAAAUGUUUUUCAAGUAAAGUUCAGAAGAGAAUCAUGUAAAUUAUAGUAUGAAAUGUCUCUAUAUGGUUUUAACAAUGUAUAGUUAUCUGCUUAAAUAUUAAUAUUAUAAAUGAACUAUUUUUGUGCUUAAAUCAAGCACUAGAGACA